AACUCAUUCAUCAACACCAAUCAACCGCACGCCCUCCCCAAGAAACCCACCGCAAGCAAGUCGCAAUGAUCUCCUACGUCCAAGAAAAAAACAACGAGUACUUCAACAAGGCCGCAAUCGAGGCCGACACAUUCCCUCAGGCCGAGGAAAUGGCCCAGCGUGCUGCAGAGGCCGUCGUCCAAGAAUUCGCUCUCUCCACUAGCGAGGACCACGUCAAGAACGCCUCCGUCCUCGAUUUCGGAUGUGGCACCGGUCUUUGCGCAUUCCAUGUCGUCCCCAUGGUCGCCCAUCUCGUCGGCGUCGAUGCCUCCGAAGGGAUGUUGAAUCAUCUCAACCACAAACUCACCACCAACCCCUCAAACGCCUCUAUUCGAGACAAGGUCAAAACAGUUCAGCACCUCAUCACCUACGACGAUCCCCUCCCCGAAUCCGAACGCCUUCAGUACCUUACUGGCCCUGAUGCUGGCUUUGACAUGAUCUAUUCCAGCUUUGUGAUGCACCAUAUCGAAGACCUCCAAGGCACCACCAACACCCUGGCCCAAAAGCUCCUCAAGAAGGACGGGUGGUUGAUCGUCCUGGACUUCUCGGGAUUCCAUGAUCACGGACAUGGCCACCAUGCGGACGACGAGAAGCAUGGGCACCACCACGGACCAGGGAGCAAACCUAGGGAUGCAAGCACGUAUUACGUUGACGCCGACGGCAAACCCCUGGAAUUCGUCCCACACAAGGCAGGAUUCACUAAUGAGGGUUUCGUCGAGAUCUUCAAGAAGGCCGGACUGGUCGAUGUCGAGGCCAAGCAUUCUUUUGGGAUGAAUCGUGAGUGGAACGGCAAGACCAUCUGGAACGAUGUCCUCGUCGUCAAAGGUCGUCGUCCUUGAAGGAAGCGCGCAGAGGAGUUCGUAUAGCUUUCAUUCUUUACCGCGUUGUUCAAGAUUGAGAUCGAGCACUGAGGACAUUUUUUCAAUGGAUACAGAAUGACA